GCUGUAUGUCUAGCAGACGCACAGAAAAUGGCGACUAGAAAACAGAAAGAGAAAAAUGCGAACAAGACGGGCGAGCAGCCAGCUACAAGAGCAUUUGGUUCAUACCUAACGUUGAGGUAGCAUUGCGUCUGCUUCGAAGCUGCAGCCCCGAUCAUCAACUUCUGUUUAUAGUAUCAGUGUAAUGUUGUAAGGGAAUCUGCAAAAGGUACCAUUGCGCCAAUCACCAAGGAAACGAGCCAUGAUUGGUUUAGCGGUUGGGCACUCAGAAAAACCUAUGCGUUCCUUGGAUGUUUUGGCCAAGGUGGCCUCAGAUGAGCUGGAGACUGAGCCCCAGACUUAUCGGACAUCUUCUAGGACUCCCAAAGAGGGUCAGAAGUCAGCACAGGAAAACUCUAAACACGUCAAAAAAGAGGAUGGACAAACAGUUUCCAAAAAGAGUUCUCUGCAGGAAAAGAGUCCUAAGAAAGGAACAGGUGGAAAUGUGGAGACUGCAGAGACAACCAUUAAGGAAGAGGAGGCACAGUCCAAGAAACUGCCUAAAAAGGUCACAAAACGAAGCAUACAGUCGCUUGAAGAGGUCACGCUGGAGCACAUAAUACAUCUGUCUACCAGGUCAAUAUUCAGCUUGUUUGCAGACCUGACAUCUGAUGAAAUCAAGAGACUGUAUACCUACCAUUGUUUCUUAAUGCCAGACAAGUGCCAGGAACAGUUCAGCAGCUUUGGAAAUGAGACUCGUGCUCGUAUUCAAAUGAUGAAACAUCUUGAUGGUCACAUUCACACGCUGACAGAGAGAGCAAAUGAUCCCAAUGCAAAAGAAGAGUUCAUUGCCAUACCUCUGCGUGUGAGGAGGAAAAAAGAAACAGAAGCUGCAAAGAAGAAAAAGAGACCAGCCCUAGCCACUACAGAACCAACUUCUAGCAAGAAGAGAAAAACCAAAGCAAAAUUUACUUCCCUCAAGUCAAGCAAAUCAUCAGACAAAGAAAGUGGCAAUGAUUCCUCUGAAGAGGAGAAGACUCCUAUGAAUGAGCCACAGUCAUCUGCAUCUGGAAGUCAGGACAGUGAAAAAAGCAAGAGCAAAAAGACAAAAAGCUCUUCAGAAAUUGGCCAAGGUCAGAAGAAGGGUAACAAGCGCCAGAUUCAGAAGCAGUCGUCUGUUGAUAAAAGUGCUGAAGAGAGCCAGAUCACAUUAGGAGAUAAUGCAAAAGAAGCAGAAAAGAAAUCUGCAAGUCUUGCAGAGGGCAAUGUUCCUGCAACUGCUUCUGGGACUAAACAACAGAGAAAGAAGUCUUCUAAAUCACCCCCUAUCAAAAGUCAGGAGGAUACGGCUCAGACUAUGCCAGAGAGUCCAUCAGAAAAUGUACAGCAUGUUGCUGCUGAAAAACUGGCUCAGGUUCAGCCAUUCUUAGACCACAGUUAUACUAGUGUCUGUGGAAAGAAACCUGGUUGGCACAGUGUCUACGAAGGAAAUGAUGACAGUGAAGAUGACGGCGAUAUUAGUGACUCAUCCUCAAGCACAAGCGCUCAGUCUCAGGGCUCAGGGCUGUCUGUGCCAAUUCUGCCAUUGUCACAUGUCUCAGGUGGGGAGGUGCCUAUGGUUAGUGUGGAGGAGAUUGUGCCAAGAAAAAUGAACACAGUUGCUGCAGUCACUGUGGCUGGACCCAGCAGUGAAGACACAGGUCAUUCUGGUGAGAAACCAUAUCCUCCCAUGCCAAAGUCGCUUCUAGCAACUCGGGGAAGAUUAGCUGUUCCUGAAGAGGAUCAUUCAGCCAGUGAGGUAGAAGAAUGUGUUGCCAGUCCAAAGCGUCGCAAGAAAGUGGCAACAUUUAGUCGAGCACAAAGGGAAAGUCCAGCUGAUUGGGAAAAGAGAGUUGCAUUACGCUGCAUACGGGAACUGAAAGGGCGAAAGAAGGAUGACAAAAUGACUCUAGUCUGUAAGAUUUGCAAAGACAAGUCUUUCACGGCAGGAGCCACGCUAAUGUACCAUUAUCGGAGCCAUGCUGGAAUCAAGCCAUUCCAAUGCCUGAUUUGUAAAACAACAUUCACACGCCAGCACAGCCUCAAUUAUCAUAUGCUGAUCCAUAAUAACCUUAGUCGAUUCAAUUGUAAAGACUGUGGACGGAAAUUUAGACACCCCAGCCAUUUUAAGGAACAUUUGAGACGUCACACAGGAGAAACGCCGUUUGAAUGUAAAGAAUGCAAGUCAAAAUUCAAGACACGCAAUACAUACAAGCGUCAUUUAAAGACACGACAUGGAAAGCUACUGACAGCUUUUGGAAUCAUCCCAUGAGCCAGGAAGAGUUUUUAAAAGUACGCACAAAGCCAUACAAAAAGACUCCAUCAGAAACAUCAGGUGCUUCUGGUCAGGUUCAGACAGCCCACAGUGCUGCUCCCUUUCAGCCUAAGUCACGCAAGAUAAAGACCACAAGCACCAUCACAUCCGUUUCAGCCAUUCCUCCAGCCACAAUGACAGCUGCAGCAGCCAUCCCUUCCGCUGUCCAGGCGACUGCUUUCUUCACCAUCUCGCCAGCUGCCUUCAACGGCGCCCAGGCCGUCAUCAAAACAGAAAUGCAGUAUGCCCCACAGGAGGAAACAACAGAUAGUUCAGAGCGGGAAGAGGAUUCAGAGCCAGUGUAUUUGCCGAUUGGUAUUGUUGAGCGCUAGAUCCCCAGCAUGCACCCCUCUAGGUGAAGAGAUUGUUCAGCAUUAAAACUGUGGGUCUUUCAUCACGUUGGGAGUUUCCAUAAUUGCCAGCUUUUGGUGGUGUGAGGGAAGUGCAGCGGAUCUGGUACUUGUUUGAUUUUAACGUGACAGCAUAUUCAGGGCUCUUGGCAGCAAUAUUUUGUGUGUACGUCAGAUCUGAGGUUUCCCGUCUCCUAUAUCGUUUCAGUCUGCCUUUUCAUGUAAGAUUUUUGUUUUGUAUUUGACACACUAACUUGAUUCACUUGGAGAACUAACAGUACGAGUGCUGUUAUCUUACUUUUUAAAUGAACAGUGUUCUGACAGGUUUUUUUUUUUUUUACUUUCUUCCUAGAUGCAUGAAGACCUUAGCUAUAACCUGAAUGGCACUUACUGGCAGAACCUGUUUCUAUCAAGUUUACUUGUUGCCUAUUUGAUAGCCUCUUUGCACCCUAAAAUAACAGUGUGCAUAAGACUUCUUUCUUGUUUCUUGUUAUAAAUGUGUUUCAUGAAAGACUUUUUUUUAUUCAUAAAGUUAAGUGAAACGGCAGUUGUUUGGUAAUUGGUUAUGUGCAGAACUGUUUAAAAUGUUUAUGGGAAACUGAGUUGAAAGAUAAGAGGUGUGUUUAAACGAGGUACAACCGGUGAUACAGAAAACAGGAAGCUAGAGACACAAGACGUACAUGAAGUAUUGGUGAACUGUUGUUUCAUCUAUGCAGGAAGGCAGAGGGCUGAGUGGUUAGAAAUUUGACUUCGGAAUUGGAAGGUUGUAGCAGUUUGAUACCUAUACGGUGUCUCAAACUUGAUUCAGCUGUCAGGAAGGAGUUUCUAAUUCUUUAACAGGUUGGGAAAGAUAAGGCUUCAAGAAAGAGAAGGUUACCACCCUCACAAAAAGCUGGCCCUAUGUGGCACUUUGAUGACUGAAAGGUUAGGGGACUAUCAUUUUUAUUUCUCUUCUUGCUCUAAGACUGAAUAAAUAGAUUUAGUUUCCUGCCACAGUUUUAUUUCAUAUUAAUAUACCUAGUAUUUUUCAUUUAGCAUAAUUGGUUUUUGGGUUUGUUUGGUUUUGUUUUUUUUUUAAUUUUAGGAGUUAACUUGUGAAAGAAGUAAAGAUUGAGUGCUUGUUAGUUUGUGAAGGCAGUAGAGACUACAUGGUUGCUAAUGGUGUCCACAUUAUUUCUCCAAUCUUCGUUGUUGUCUGGCCACCCACUUGUGCAGCCACUUUCUCAAGUGUUCAUGAGCAUAAAGCGUAAAAGAUCCCAUGACCUGGUGGCAUUAUGAGAAGUGAUUGACAAGGGUUAGGUAUAUCUACGGUUAUGUAGAAUCCAUUCCCUUCUUUUUUUUCUGGUUGGACAGAGACAUUUCCACUCUGUGGCACUUUUGAGCUUUGAACCUUCCACUUUCUGUUUUGGAGUACGCUAGCUAUAUGAUUGCAAAAUCUCCCUUUAACUGUCUUGCUUGAAAUUAUUUGAAAAUAUUACCUCUCAGGAGAAAGAUUACAUGUUUCAUACCCAGGCAGCAACCACAGCUACUUGUACAUUUCUGACAUUCUGUGAAUGACUUACGCAUUGGCAGUAAUCAAAAAUCUGAUCACCUGUUUCUUAACCACAUGUUUGCUGGAAAAAUUCACGUGACAUUUACUAGGUUUAAUCCAGAGGCAUAGGUGGGACGAAAGAAGAGGGUUUUUUAUGUCUUGUGAUUUUUUUUUUUUAAGGUUACCCAGCAGGUAAGCUGCUGAACAUACUAGCAACCAUAAGACAUUAAAUAUGAAAAUGACAGUCAUUAUAAAUAUACAAUUUUGUUUCACCAUUGUAACUUUUAGUUUAUCACACAAAAAGUUAGAAACAGUAACUCUUUGUCUAAUAUUGAUCUAUGUUGAUGUUAUAUAUGAUGGGUAUUCUUACAUUUUCCUUAGAUUUCAUAUGUCCAUGAUAUCGUCAGAAGCAUGAAUAAGAAGGGAAAGAUUGUCAGUCAUCUGUUUUCUGGUUGGAAGACUUUAUUUACUUCUUGCAUUGACCAGGAUAUGUCCUGUGAAAUACAGACUGGUCCAGAGUUUCCCGUCAUAUAGAAACAUGUAUAUCACCUAAGAGAGCUCCAAAUCAUGUAAAGAAAAUUUUGCUAUGGAAAUCUGAAGGAUUUGGCAUCAGGGGUCUGAAAAACAAAAGUUAGGUUGGAGGUCUUUCUCAUAGCAUCGACAUUUUGUUUUAAACCAGAUGCAAAAGAAUCAAGAUAUUAACAUGUGUUCAUUGGUGUGUACUUUUUUCUGUAACUGGUUGAUAAAAUGAUAUGUUCACAGGAUGCAGUAAACACCGGGCAGGUUAUAAGGUGACAGUCGACUAGCAUGUUAGCUGGAAACGAAAUGAGAGAAAAACCACAUUUUCUUGGGUUGCAAUGGGUGUAUGUUAAACAUACCCUGUCCUUUACUAUUGAUAGAGUUGACACCUGUAAACAAGGACUAUAAAGAAAUCUCUAGGUUAUCUAGUGGCCUGGCAGGUCUCUUCCUAUGAAAGGAGAAGACAGUGUCUUCUGACCAUGUGCUGUUAUCCCAAUUUAUAGCUAUGCCCUAGAUAAAAUUUUUAAUAAGUGAAAGAAGCUUUAUGUGGGGAAAAAUAAAAGGAACAAGGAUUUUGAAUAGUUUGCUUCACAUGGAUGGCCUGUAGGUUAGAGCAACAGCCUCUGAACCAAACGGCAUGCAUACAAGCUGGUUGGAAACCUUUGUGGUGCAUACUUCCCCCAGUUGACCCAGAUUUGUAAUGGGUUGCUGACUUAGCGUUGGGGAAGGUAUAGAAGGAAAAGAAGAAGGGCACCACCUUCACAAAAUCAGACUCCUAGAUAACAAAGUUGUGGUAAAAAGAUAUGUAAAACCACUAAUGUCAUAAGAGUCAAUCAGAUUGCAGGAAUUCAUGCUAGGGUUAGUCAAUGAAAGGUCGCUGAACAUUAAGCAAGCCAGGGCCAGGUGCACGAAGUACUAUUACCUUUCAGUCUGGCUGGCCACAUGAAGCAGUCAGAAAAACUGUAUAACAGACACACGUAAACAUGUUUCCAUGCUGCUUUGUGUAUGUCAUCAAGAUAAUGGCUGGCAAUAUGUUGUGCACCUGGCUGUGGAUCUAAGUGAGCUAAGGCUACCACAGAGGAAAAAACAACUGAUUUCAUUCACAUUAAACUUUAAAGAAACCAGUUUAAGGUGGCAUAACUGUAUAGAAGUAUCACCUCUCAAAAGUGAAGCUAUGCAAAAAUAUGGUACUGGACUUCGCAUAUUCAAUUUAACCCUGUUUAGGGAAACAUGUGCCUUCUUGCUGGAAUUACAGGGUUUUUGGGGGUCUUUCACCUUAAUUCUGGUAUCUCUAUGUAAAAAGUAUAAUUGUAGAAUGAACAUCAUACUUUUGCAUGUUACACCAUUUAUGGAUGUUCGUGUGAAGAAAGCUUUCUUUGAAAGAGAUGUUUUUACACAAAUUUUUACUCUUGUAAAUGGUGUUUACUUUGUUUGGCCUUUCUUUGCAUUCUCCAAUGAUCUAUUGUAUAUUUCAAAGAGAAAAUCAAUGAAAUAGGUGUUUUGCACUCAUUUCAGGAGAGGUUUAUUGGUGCAUAGAUGAAGUCUUAAGGACAUAAAAGUAGUUAAGAGACAGUUUCAGUUUUUUUAACAUCUUAUUUAAUAGAAAAAUAGAAUUCGGAAAGAAAAUCUUAACCCUGUCAAAUUUCUGCUAUCACCUUUUUAUCUUUGUAUAGUCCAUCAAUAUUCUUUUUUCGCUCUUAGAUUCUGUUCUUUUGCUGGCUAAGAAUUAUUUUCAAAUAGGAAAGGCUGUAGAUGGAUUUUAAAUAGUCUUAUAGAUGUUUAUAUGCUUUCAUUAGUGUUAAAUUUAAUUAGUUUACCUGCAUGUUUUUAAGCCUACUGCGUGUGGCAUCUAUGCUUACAACAAUCAUUGCAAAUGCUUACAGAGCUCUGUGUAAAGCCCUGAUCCCACUCUCAGUGUUUCAGUUUUUGCGUCAGUGUGAGGAAAUUUUGCAAAAAUUUUGUUUGCAACUAAAUUUGCUCGUAAGAUGUGUGUGUUACUGCACAAUAGCUGAAUAAUCAGAAAUGUAUACGCCAGAUCAAGUAUGAAGGUGGCUAUUUUGUACAGAUGGUUUUGUCACAGCUGUUGUGCUGUAUAAAAUUAAUUUUCAGGUUAAAAUUAAUCCGUGCCUUGAUAAAGUAUUUCUUGCAACUAGCAAUAAAUUUUCAGACUUAGGAAUCCAGUUUCUAGCUUUUAAGUUAUCAUACAACCUACAUGCAACUUCCUGUUAAGAUUUUUCAUUUUUCUUCUACUUAUCCCUCCAUCCUCUUAUGUCCCAUAUGUUCAUCUUUGCGAGGAUUAAUGAGAACUUCUUAAGUGGUUUGGUUGUAUUUCAUUUUGAGGUCUUUGCUUUUGUAGGGUGAGUCCAGUUCGUUUUUCUUUUUUUUUUUUUUUUUUUUUAAUCAAAAUUAUCUUUUUCUUCCUUAUGAAAGACCUGGACCUAUAGCCAACAAACAGCAUUUAGUCAAGAAUUUUACGUGCUUUGUUUGAAUCAUUAAGGGAAUUCAUAGCUAACCAUUUCUGUAAUUAGAUGAUUGCUUCAUUAUUUCAUACUAUAAGUACCCUGAUGGAAGAAUCUCAGUACCGAAGAUCUUUGUCUUAAAUCCCCAAACCCAUCUAAAGUGUUUAGAAAUGCAGCCCUGACCUGGUUUCCUUGCAGCCCACUCUGUUACUGUGACAAAACAUCUCAUGUAUGGGUCUCACUGGACAUGUCUGGAUGAGAUAAUCAAUGUUUUUGAGGCUGGUUUUAUUGUUUAUAUUAUGCAUCUGACUGUGAUAUUUUAUGAUUCACUUGUGACUGUGAGCAUUUGAGAGCAUAUUUGACGAUGUGUGUACCUGUGCAAGAAUGUUUCUCUUCAAGGGUGUGUCUUUCAUUUCAAGAAAGAAGUUUGUUGGGAAUGUGAAAGACAUUGGUUUAUAUAGAAUUUAUCAGCCUAAAGUAACAUUACUGUGUCAUCAAUCAGUGGCAUGUGAACCUUGUCAAAAUAUUGUACAUUUUGAGAAAGUUAUCCUUGAAAACUUCCCCUUAAUUUGAUAUUUUUCACAAAAUCACACAACACUCCCUCCCUUCCCUUCCACACACAGCACGAAGCAUACUAGUCAAACAAGAUUUAACAGCCUGAAAAAAGAGAGGUAUAGAAACUUCACAGUAAAUUGCUGAAGAGCCUUCAAGCUACAAUUAAGUCUCCCACAACAUCAUCUACAAAGACAAUUGACAGUAUGUAAUGUCGGUCUUCUCCCAUAUCUUGUGAAAGUUUCAGUGCAGGAGGUUUUCUGUAGUCUUUACAACCUAACCCAGACCUGUUUAUUAAAUGGCCAGCCUAAAAUAAAAUCCUUGUAACCCCAGGAAAUGAACCUGUAAUCUUGAUUUAGUGUUUAUUCGGUCACAGAUCAAGCAUGUUUAGCUCUUAGCCAUAGCUCCUGUAAUUUUGACCGCUUUACAAUAAUUUCCUGAAGCAAAGAUCAAGAUGUCUGGCUUAGCAAAGCAAAUCUUUUACCUUUAUAUAAGUGAUGCAAAUUUCAGUUCUAGUAAUGACUUGGUCAAAUAUUUGAGAAUGUCCAACCCAUCACAAGAUACUGCUCCCCUUCUGAACAGCUCCAGUGAAAUUCAUGCAAGGGAGACUAUAAAGAUUUGACUUUAGGAUAAAGCUAACAUUUGCAAGAUGUUAAUUAUAAUUUCUUAAAUUUUAUAGGACUGAUGGUGAAUGAAGGAAGCACUCCUGAAGGGAAAAUGUGUGUUAUGCAUCAGCUGUGAAGGUUAUUUGUAUUUUGAUGGAAAACUUGCAUAAAUAUCAGUGCACGUGGAAUGAUAGAAUUUGCACUUAACAUUAACAGUAAUAGUUGUCUUUGCUUAUGCUGUUCAUUCCCAAAGUACUCUUCCUCUUCAUACCCUUAGUGAACAUUGCAUUCACCCUGAACCUGUUAUAUUAUCUCUUAACAAUUCUAGAGCUGCCAGAGCUGAGCUUUUCAUGGACUGACACAUAGGAUGAUAAAGAUUCCCAAUGCAGUGCAUAUGGCAAGAAACAUUUGUACAGAGCAUAUCAGCUUUACUAAAAGAAUCUUUAGAAUUUUUACAAAAAUUCAGGUUAGAUGAAAAUUAUUAAAUCUGUAAAUAUGUAAUAAGAAUAUAGAAGGCUCACAAGCUUGACUGACAUAUGCUCGUUGUACAGUGGGAACCCUCCGUGUUCAAUGUAGCAAUUAGCUUUUUAUCUAACUGUAUAGGCUGUAAAAGGCAGAGAGGGUAAAUGUUUGUAUGUGGAUAGCAGAUAGAUUCAAAAGGUAAGAUGCAAUAAACUAUUUCCACAUGACAGUAAAUUGGAUUGUGUGGUGUGCUCCAAUUUUCUUGUACAUAGACACUCAUAUUCUCAAACCAUUUGUACCAAAUUAAUGAAAAAUGUUUUUAUUCUUGUACAGUGUUGUUCUAUAAAGGACUGCAGCUAAUUUGGCAAUGACAAAUAAACAUUUAUAAUAUGA